GGCGUCCGUCUAAAACCUGACUGUAGAACCGAUUUGGUCAAUCAGACCCACUUUAAACAAAGACACAGUUUCGCCGAAGGUUUUAAAAUCCUAAAAAGUAAAAUUUAACCGGAGCUGCUCGGCAGAACAUUUCGGUUUACGUUAGGAGUCACCUCCACUGUCAGUGUGUCGUUACCGGAGUCUCUGCAGUUCAUUACCAUGUUUGAAGAAACAGGACCAGAACGGCUCUCCGAGGAGGUGAAAACAGGAACAACCAUUAUUGCUAUAGAGUUUGAUGGUGGGGUCGUACUGGGGUCUGAUUCUCGAGUGUCUGCUGGGGCAUCGGUGGUGAACAGGGUGAUGAACAAACUGUCUCCCCUUCAUGAUAAGAUCUACUGUGCUCUGUCAGGAUCUGCAGCAGACGCUCAGACCAUCGCUGAAAUAGUCAACUAUCAGCUGGAUGUCCACAGUAUUGAGAUAGGUGAGGACCCUCAGGUUCGCUCAGCUGCCACUCUUGUGAGGAACAUCUCAUACAAAUACAAAGAGGAGCUGUCAGCACAUCUGAUUGUGGCCGGCUGGGACAGAAGAGAUGGAGGGCAGGUGUUUGCAACCCUGAACGGCCUCCUGACACGUCAACCGUUUGCAGUCGGUGGCUCUGGCAGUUCGUAUGUGUAUGGGUUUGUUGAUGCUGAGUAUCGGAGAGGCAUGAGAAAGGAGGAGUGCCAGCAGUUUGUCGUUAACACUCUCACUUUGGCAAUGAACCGUGAUGGGUCCAGCGGUGGCGUGGCCUAUGUUGUCACCAUUGAUGGGCAUGGCACAGAGGAGAAAGUUGUUCUAGGAAAUCAAUUGCCCACCUUCUUUGAUCAGUGACAUGUUUGAUUUACUCACAGCAGCUGUGGCAAACCUGUCAACCAAGUCAGCUUGUAAUAUGUAAACACUGAACAACACUUUUUGCCAAUAAUUAAAUAAAAGAAAAAUAACUCCCA